AACAGCCGACAUCCCCGUCCAAAACCUGCCGCUUCCGCCAACAGAUGGCAGCACCGCCUCCGUAAACAAAUACGUCCUCCUGGAAAUUUCCGAAUACACGGACGAAAUACUAAAACCCCACUAACGAACAACAAAAGUACAGACUGCGAUAGUCCCCCAAACCAACACAGAUAAACUUGCAGUGCAAUAGAAGCCGCCCGGAAAACGUAAAUGGCGAGCGGGGAAACCGGAAGUAAUUAAUCCGAGUGUCUGCGAGAGAGUCCCCAUUCGGGCCAGUCAGCAGCAGGGCCUUAAGGUGCAAAGGUGUGGAGUUGAGAAGCGGCAGUGUUGCAAUACUGCAUGUGGUUGUUUGGUAUGUACACAGAUCUUUAGAAUUGGAGCGAAAUGACCUAGGUGUCUUCUGCGACUACACAAUAUCCAGAUUUAGCCUUCCAUACACUGCGUUUGGGUCUUCAGUUUUGAAAAGUACCACGUGUGUGUGCGUGGUGUUCUAGCAUAGUGGUAUACAUUUGUGUAAGGCGGUUCCUAAAGUCGAACCCUGCUAAAAUGGGUGAUGCAGAGUACAACAUUUUACUAUGUCAUGGGUCCAGUAAAUACGAGGUUGUGGUUUGGGGCGCCAUGACCUUGGCUGACUUGGCCAGUAAGAUUGAGACAGUGACUCAUGUCUCUCAAGCCAGUCAGAAGAUCAUAUUCAAAGGGAAAAACCUGGCUGACCCAGGUGUGACCCUUGCCAGCUAUGGCAUUGGGCCCGGGGCAAAAGUCAUGGUGUUGGGGAAGAAAUUUGAUCCUGAGGAUGAUGCUAGUUAUCAAGCUGUGGCCCAGAUUGAUAAUUCAUGCUCGGCUGUGGAAAAAAAGCUGAACGACUUAUUGCCUGAAGUCGACAGUAUUGCUAAUGGCUACAUGGAACCUCAUUUGUGUGGAGAAGCACUUGUGAAGCUGAAGAAACAACUACUUGGAGUGAAUGAGGAGUUCAUGAGGUUACUGGAACGGCUUGAUGGAAUAUCCUUCGAGGAGAAUCAAGCACCAGCAAGACAGAAGAGGAAGUCGGUAGUGCAGAAAAUCCAGUAUUUAAUGGAAAGGACUGACCAAGUACAAGAAAAUAUUAAUCACCUAAUUAAGAGCUAUUCCUAGUAACAGCUAGAACUUAGCUUUGUGAUGAUAUGCUCCAAGAACAAGUAGGCAACGGUGGUUCAUUUUUUUUGCCGAGUUUGAUGCUGUAUUCUAGUGUGUGGCAGAGUUGAGAUGGCUAUGGCAUUUACAAAUGUCAUGCAAUUUGUUUUUUUCUUUUUUUAUAUAUAUAUAUAUAAUGAAAGUGAUAAUAGCAGGAUUAUUAGGAUAAUAUUGUUAAUUAUUCCAGAUACCCAACUCAUUUCACAUGUACCUUAAUGGAAUUGAUGUGUUUUGCUUUGGUGUGCAUGAUAUUCAUGUACUAAUUUUUAUUUUAUUUUAUUUUGAUUUUUAAUUUUUUUGAUAUUUCCAUUAAGAUGUUCAGUUCUGGGACCAGUCAUGGGCUUCUGCUUUCAAGCAACAAUUUUGAGAAUGCUGUAGUCCUUUUGAAUUUUGUGGAAGGUAAACAUUUUACCCAUUCUUUUUUUUUGGAUAGCCUUUUUUCUGUUAUUUUUGCAUUAUGUUUACUAGACCUACUUUUAUGGAAUGAUUGUUUUGUUUAAGUAUUUAUUUGUUUUUGGAAAUUGAUUGUAUUUUGUAUUUUAAAGGCAUAAUCAAGUCCUGUUAUAAGAAUUUAUAUUUUUGUUAUAUUUUCUUUGUUUUCUUUUUUAUUAUUGAACUUUUCAAUUUGAUUUAUUCUUUUUUGGAGGAUUGAGGAGAACACUGUAUUUUAUAGUUAGAUAAAGUUUACACACAUGCAUAUUUCCAUAAACAAGAACAAAAUUGUACAUUAACCAUUAGAAGAAAUAGGUUGAAUAUUUAGUUUUUAGUAGUAAAUAUUACUCUAUCUAAUAGUGAAUAUUUAUAAUACAAGAAAUAUGAAUUUCUAUAUAAUGUAAUGCUAUGGCUAGUUAAACAUAUUUGGUGGAUUAAUGACAUAUAGGUUGUAGUCAUAUUAAGGUGCGGCUAAGAAAGAGAGAAACAGAAAGUCGAUUGCUUAAGAAAUAUUCUCUUCAGACUUUUAAGUCAAUGAUUUGCAGCUUUCCUAGAACAUUGUCGGAGAGAGAAAAUUGGUCUGCUUUGGUAUCUACGAAAAAAAAAAGAUAAAGGAAAAUCAUCGACCGUCAUCUCUGUGAUUUUUGUCAAGUUUUCUGGAACGUUAAACUUGCCAUGCGGCCUCUUGAGUUACUGAUUGGCCAAGCUGCUCCAGUCAGUCAGGUGUUCCAGUUAGCCAGUCUGUAAGUUAGUCUGUCAGCAACUUCAAAGUCAGAGUGGGAGUCUAACGUUCAGAAAAGCAGAGAAACACACUACAAGCGUUGUCUCAGUACUAACCCCUUUCUAUGAUUCUCAACGAAGGGCAGUCUUUGUGAUGCAGCUUCAGGAGUGCUUUGUGUCGAAAGCACUUGCUAAAAAUCCUGCCAUCAGUUUUUAUGUUGGGGAAUAUAAACAAAACAAAACAAACAAAAAAAAUGUCCAGUACAAUUCCCUGAAAGUUUUACAAGUUGAAUUUUAAAAUAUAUACACCAUAUUGCCAUGUACCUGAAAGUGAUUAGAACAGGUAGACAUUAAUUCAGGUAUCAAUUAAAUGAAUAGUGUAUUUUUUAAAUGUUGCACAUUCUCGUAUCUUGCCUUACGAUGGCUAUUGAGUGUUGAACUGGUUAUAGAUUUUUUCUUUGUAGAUAAUGAGUAUAGUUUUGUAAUUUGUUAUAGAUAUAUUUAUUGAUUAUUAUUAUUUUUGUAUUGUUUCUUUCCUUUUUGUAGGUAGAGUUAAGCCAUUGGUUCAUAAUAUUAUUUUAUCCUCAUUUUACCCCAAAAAAUUUAUUAUUGAAUUACUUGUAGAUAAUUUGAAGCCCUCCUGCUUGAAACAAACAUUUAAUUUCCCUUGCCAUGUAAAUGGUCCUGAACUCAGUAUCUGGAAUUGCAGUGCAAAUAUUGAAUGAAAAACAAUGCUGUAUAAAUACAACUUUAUUAGUGAAAUUUGAAUAAUAGUUGGAAGUGCAUUAGAAUCUAAAAAUCCUGAAUAAAUAAAAAUGUAUCUAGCUUUUUUUAAAGAAAAAAGCAAAGACCAAAAACUGCUAUAUCAUUAUUAGAAUUAUAUGAAUAUAAAUCAUCCAGAGUCCUUGCUGUAAAGAAUUAUCUAGUUGCAAAUGGGAAUCAUGAAUGCGUCCGUCUACCAUGUAUAUAACUUCUGGGUAUGAUGUAUGUGCUUAAUGGAGCUUAAUAACUUACUAAUUUAUUAAACUACUCAUAAAUACUUACGUGAUGUGGAGGUAAAAGUUUCAGUAUGGCUGUUGGUAGCACUAAGAAAAAUCCACUAUCACUAUGCCUAUAUCUUGGUUCAACACACUCAGCAUUAGACUAGUCAAAGCCCAAGUAUUGGUUUCUUAAUUGUAAUAUGUAUAAGGAAGAUAAAGAAGUAUUUCCUGACAAUCCUUUUCUUUUGAGGUAGUAUCUGUACCGUUAAAAGUUCAUAAAAUAUGUUGAGUUUUAUCAUAAAAUGUAAUGAUUUUCUUAUAGCUCUCAGGAAUAGUAUUAACAUUUGUGUUGCUAUAUUUACUUGUCAAACAUAUUUUAGUUAUUAAAGCCUUCAUGGUUAUUCAUAUAUGUAUUUGUGAAUACUGCUCUCUAACAGAUAGUUCCUUUUGUAAGAGAAUAGUAAAGGAUAUUUGAAAGCCAGUUAGGCUUACUAUUAUUUGCUUAUGUUUAUAGUGCUUUUGAUAAAAAGGAUGAAGACAUGGAUAUGAGGAUAAGAGAUAAUGUGAAAUGAUGACUUGGUUGUUUUGGAAUACACUGAGUGAUGAUGUAGGUGAUCCCCUUCUUUAAUGUGUCAUUUGCUUUUGUUUAAAAGAAAAUCAGUUGAUUACAUGAUUCUCAAGAAUUAUGCAUUUUUGCGAGUGUAUAAAACCCUUGCACUGAAUAUUUUCUACUGCACACCGAUUAUAAAAAAAAAAAAUAGUUUCAAUCUGUAUGUAAAGACCUAUGCAUCAUUUUUAUAUACUUUAGAUGUGUAUAUUAUUCGGUACUUUUUAAAAAAUUGUUGACAAUAACACUAACAUCCCUAAAAAUAUUGAAUGCCAUGUAAAAUAUUGGUCUGAGUGUAUUUUAGAAAGUAAUAAAAGAAAAAAUACCAAGAUUAUUAUUUUUUUCAGUUCUGAAUCAAUUUAUGCAUGUUGGCAUGGAUUAUUAAAAUUUAUAGAUAGAUCAUUUCAUUGCCAAAUAAGGUGUAUUAUUUCUGAACUUGAGUAUUUUGUAUACUGGAACAUUUUCACCUGCAAUACAAUACAACACAUUUACA